AUUCUGCCUUCGGAAGCAGGAGCCGGGCAUCCCCUGGACUGGGUGGUGGAAGUGGGGAGGUGGCUCUCCCGGAGGGGCGCAGUUUCGGCCUUGCUGGAGCGGGAGCCUCUGCGCCCCCCUCCCCGGAAGUCGCGUCCGGAUGUUGCUUCCCGCUUCCUGCUUCUCUCGGAGUUCAGCCUCUGCCCCACCGUUCCCAAGGGUGCUUGCUAGAAACUUAAACGAUGGCCUCCUCAGAGCUGGAGCAAUUAUGUUCUCUUAUUAACAAAAAGAUUGGCAAUAUUGAAAAAACUCUGUCAUUAAGAAAUUGUGGUCAAGAACCUAUCUUGAAGAAUACAUUAAAUAAAAUAGGAGAAGAUAUCAUUGUAGUAAAUGAACUUCUAAACCAAUUGGAAUUGGAAAUUGAGUAUCAAGAGCAAACCAACAGUUCACUCAAGGAACUCUUUGCAACUCUAGAAGAAGAUUAUAAAGAUGUGGAACAUCUGAAAGAAAACAUUCCUUCUCACUUGCCUCAAGUUACAGUAGCCCAGAGCUGUGUUACUGUGUCAGAUGUUAGCGUUGAAGAACCCGUACCCACAAAGAAACCCCCCAAAGAGCAAAGAGUUAUUAAAGAAAUGCUGUUUAUAACUUCUGAUGAGUUUGAUGGCAUUCCUUCAUACAUGAAACCCCGUUUAACCUAUUGUCAAAUUAAUGAUGUUAUUAAAGAAAUCAACAAGGCAGUAGCUAGUAAAUACAAGAUUAUACACCAGCCAAAAAAAUCAAUGAAUUCUGUGGCUAGAAAUCUCUAUCACAGGUUUAUGGAUGAAGAAACAAAGGAUACCAAAGGUCAUUAUUUUAUAGUGGAAGCUGACAUAAAGGAGUUCACAACUUUGAAAGUUGACAAGAAGUUUCAUGGGAUAAUGAACGUUUUACGACACUGUCGGAGAUUAUCAGAGGUCCGAGGGAAAGGACUUACCAGAUAUGUUAUAACAUGAGGCCCUUGAGAGCUUUUGAAGUGGCAAACAGGGUAUAGACACUCUUCCUAUAAUUUCCUUAGUUUUCUUAUUUCCUGUUAUUUCUUGUAAAAAUAAAGCAUUCAAGGAGA